AUGAGCAUUCCCUGGCCGUUAACAGGCCCUCGAGCCCUUCGGGCCAUCGUGGUGGCAGCGGUGGCCAUGAUGGUACUCUCACUACUACUCUUGCAUUCCCCGAAAACACAGACAACACCGCGUGUAAAGGGCAUGGAACUCGAAAAGCCGUCAUACAACGGAACGACGGAUCAUGGCGAUACGGCUAACUACAAUGAGGAUUUAACCACCGACUCUCCUCCGGACCGUGUGGAACAGACAAUCAUCCAGAUGCCCGUGAUUGAUUCUGACCUGGUAACCGAUGUGUCGCAGUACUUCGUCGACUAUCCCAUUAAGAAGCCAUAUGAAAGCAAAUUCGGCGAACUCGGACGACGCUGCCGGGUUCUGCGUGACUGGUUGGCUUACGCUGAAAAGACCGAUCCUUCAACCAGAAACGUCCUUCUCGCUACUGUCGAACGAGUAGCCUCGUCGUCGUUUCCAUUCCUUCAAAAACCUUCGAGACAACCGCCUUCAGAACAACCUCUUACGGAUCUUCGCGCAUCUUUCGAGGCUGGAUCUGCGGGCAUCGUCAUUCCAACUAGCGAUAAGACGCUCCGCUUCGCCGCUCACCUCAUCGGCUCUCUACGUUCCGUCCUCGGUUCCACUCUGCCCAUUCAAGUCGUCUAUGCAGGCGAUUACGAUCUUCGGCCACAAAGCCGAGAGUAUCUAUCCAGCUUGGCUGGACAGGGUCCUCCAAUCGAGUUUCUGAAUAUCUUGACCAUCUUCGAUGACACCACGUUGAAGCUGCAGUCCGGCGGGUGGGCAAUCAAGGCAUUCGCCGCUCUGGCCUCGCGGUUCGAGCGAGUAAUUCUCGCCGAUGCCGACGCCGUCUUCUUCCAGCCCCCAGAAGUGCUCUUCGAACAUGACGCAUUCCUUCGCUCGGGGUCUCUCCUCUUCCAUGACCGACUCCUGUGGAAAAACCAAUUUGCCAGUCGUCACGCAUGGUGGAGGGAUCAGAUUCGACGUCCGAGCCCAGCGAUGAACUCGUCCCGUGUGUGGACCGAAGACUACGCUGAAGAGGGUGAUUCGGGACUAGUAGUCAUGGACAAGAGCCGAAUCGAUGUUCUGGUUGGUUUGCUCCACGUGUGUUGGCAGAACACCCACGCGGUGCGCGAGGAGGUGACAUAUAAAAUCACAUACGGGGACAAGGAGAGCUGGUGGAUGGGUAUGGAGCUCGCGGGAGCUGGCUAUGAGUUCUCGCAGCAUUAUGGUGGGAUCGUUGGGUGGGCCGGCAUGGAUGGAGGCCGGCCAACGGUUUGCAGCUUCGUCAUCGCCCACGUCGAUGCGAAGGAUCAAUUGUUGUGGUGGAACGGAAGUCUCUUGAAGAACAAGGAAGUACCUGAAAUGAAGAAAGUUUACGACAUUCCGACGAACUGGGUGAUCGAUGCCGAAUGGCGGAAGGGUGCUACAAAGCAGGACAUGAGCUGCAUGAUUGGUGGCGAGGUCCGAAACCUCACCAGCAACCAGAUCCAUACGUUGGAGAGAUCGAUUGAAUUGGCGCAGCGCAUUGAUGCCGUCGUUCUUGCUCCGGAGUCAUAA